AUGAGCUGUUGCCAUGCGACAAUUUUGAAGACCAGAGAAUAUUGUCUGCGUCUCACACCUCCCGUCCAAAGAGCUGACAGCAUCAUCACCAACAUUCCGACGAGUUCGAAGGCCCUAUCUGAUUUUGGACGACUCUUCCAUUGGCGUUCUGAGACUGUCGUCGGAGUUGUGGCUCCAGUUACGAUGAAGCAGUUGACAGCCAAUCCGGCAAUCAUCACAGCGAGAAGAAUCAAUACACAGAAAAGGCUGAAAUACGUUAAUAAAACUGAUGGAUUGCAAUGCUUCGAAAUUGAUGUUGGGAAAGGACCAUCCAAGCAAGAUCGAUAUGUUGUGAAGGGAAUCAGAACAAGAUACAUUAGGAUGAUGCCUGUGAGAGCACGAAAACUUCCAAUACAAUUCAAUCUACUUUAUCAUGAGGAAAAGGCUGAUGGAUGUAGGAUGGAGCAAAUCAAGAAGGUUAUCGAAUGGUUGUUCCCAACAUCAGAUAUGUUGAUGAACUACAAACAAGAGGAGCUCAUGACUCCGUGA